AUGGCGCCGAACCCCGCCACGAAGCGCAAAUCCGCCUUCCCGGGCGCCCAAAAUACCUCCGGGGCCGCUCGCAAGCGUGCCAAAACCUUCGACGCCCGCACCCUCGCCGUUCAGUCCGCCGAAGCCGCGCUCUCGGCCUCGGGAGAGCUCGAUGUCGCGUCCUAUGUCGACGCCCGCGGCUUCGAGAUCCGCGCCCUGGAGGCCGGCAUGCAGCGGUCCAAGACUGCCCUGACGAGCCGCGCCUUCCAGAAGGUGCCGCGGUCGCUGCGACGCCGGACGGCAAGCCACAACGUGAAGCGGGUUCCGCGUCGACUCCGGGCUCGCGCCAAGAGAGAGAUGGUCGAAGAUAACACGCCCACGGUGACGGCACGCCGCCGCAAACCGUCGGAACAGAUGCGCCUGCGGCUCGAGACGGCGCGCCGACUGCAGAACCUCAACUCCAAGACGAAGACCAAACGCGCCGCCGCAAAGGCCCAGCGCGACAAAGAGAUUCGGUCCCAGCUCGAAGCCGACGGCAGCCAUGGCUUCAGCAUCGCGCCCCGCGUGCCCAAGAUCAAGAAGAAUCGCCUCUCGCGGCCCCCGCCCCCCGAUGCCAAGUACAGGAAGCGCCAGCGCGGCAAGACCUGGCUGCCCACCCACAUGUUCCAUGCUAAACGCGCCCAUCUGGCCACCGCCAACGAUCCCCUCUGGCGCUUUGCCCUGCCCCUGUCCCCGACGGAGAAGAGUUAUAGGCCCUCGCAUCGGGCGCGGGGUUCCCGCGGCGCUGUGGCGUGGGAUAUGAGCUAUAUGUCUACGAUCCAGCUGGAGGGGACCGAGGCCGGGUUGGAGGCGGUUUUGAGAGCAAUUGGGGUCGAUGGGGAGGAGGCGUGGGGCGUGAAGGGAAGGAAGUGGAGGGCUGGGACGAGGAGUCUACGGGCGUGGGCUUUUGAGCGUGGUGAUCGGGGGAAACCGAUCGCUCCGGUGACGCUGGUCCGGUGUGCGGAGCCGAAGGGGGAGGAUGUUGAGAUGGUGGAUGCUGGUGCUGGUGGUGAUGAUAGGAGGGGAAAGACGAGGGACACGAGGAAGCUCUUCGUCCGAGUGCAUCCAUCCGCCUUUCUGCAAUUGUGGAAUGAACUGCUGGAUGUUUCCAAGAAGCAGAACCCCCCAGUCAUGGUUGAAGACCUGCGCUUUGAAAUUGGCAGUAUCGAUAUCACUGGCCCCGGGUCGACAGAAGCGUUGAUAGCGGCGUUGAGACCAACAGCUCCAAACGGGACUGGCUUCCCAACGGGCAGUCCAGAGGCUACUUGGAUGUCGUUGUUGGGCGUUUCGAAUCCAUCAUCCUUACCGCAAAACGCGCUUCUGGCGUUCUCUGUGUCGGAUCCCCGCCUACACUUCCCCUCGAAGACUCUGAAGCCUCCAUCGUCGGAUGCGGCGAUGCAAGAGAUGGCCGUUACUUUGUCGUCGUGGUCCCCGGAUGCCACACAGUCUGCGCCGGCGCUUUUUUAUCGUCGGGAACGCUUGGCAGCGACGCGUCAACUACCCAGUCAGAAAGCGAUCAAUCGUCGACGCGCUGAAGCCGGCCCUGGACAGUAUCCGUCGCCUCAGCCAUCUGACCCACGGAUUCCAGUGAUGAUCCUGGCUUCUAGAUCUGUGACGCAGCCGAGGAACAGCAAUGCUCCUGGCACCUGGACUGUCCUUCUGCCGUGGAAGUGCGUGCUUCCAGUGUGGUACUCGCUGAUGUACUAUCCCCUCUCCAGUGGCGGGAACCCUCGAUUUGGCGGUCUGAAGGAACAGCAGCAGUUUGCCUUUGAGAGUGGUGAGCCCUGGUUUCCAGGCGAUUUCCCGGGGACUCGCGCGGGCUGGGAAUGGGGUUUACGUAUGAGAGAUGAGGCCAAACGAGAAUGGGAGAGACGCCCGAAGGGACGCAGGCCUGAGUUUGGUAGUCUGGACCUGGGCGACGGGCAGAAGGGAGAAUUCGGACAGGGAUGGGCCUGCGAUUGGGAAGCCCUGGUCCAAGGAGGAGCUACAGGUGACAGCAAGGAAAAGUCGCAUAUCGAAUCCUCGAAACCGACCUCAACAGCAGACGAUGCCGAUAAGCCGGAAGCUGAAGCUGAGACCUGUCCGCCGCUGGCGAUUUACCAUCUCACCCCAAACGAAGCCGCCAAAGCAAUCAACAAUCCAUCAACUCCCGUUCAGGAGGCUGCUCUCGCGACGGUGAAGAUAUCACUGUCCAGUCGGGGCACACCUGUCCCUCAGGCUCGCAUCUACCGUCUCCCUACGUCCAACCCGGAGCUCCGAAAGAAAUGGCGUGCCCUUGCAUCUGAAAAGCCCAAGCGCGACGAGGGCCGCAAGAGCGCGGCUGUGAGGGAUGAGGAUCCUCAGCAGCGGCUCGCUGCUUCGCUUCUUUCCCCGGACGAGGGUCCUAGUCAGGAGCACCUCCCUCUGCCGCCGGACGAAGAUGUCAUUGGGUUCGUGACUUCUGGGAACUACAACCUCUCAGAAGGCAAGGGCACUGGCAUUGGCUCGAUUCUUUUGUCGAAGGUUGCGGGCCCGAGCUCCAGCAAGAACCAGGCUCGCGAAAGACACAUGUGUAUCAUUCGGGCGUCGGGCGAGCGCGUGGGAAGACUCGGUUAUUGGGAGCUGGUUUGA